AAACUCUCAGAGGCGAAUAUAGGAAGUAAAUUCGAAAAAAAAAAAGGUCGUAAAAUAAGAAUAAGCGAAGAAAAUCAAAGAUGUCGUGGCAAACGUACGUUGACGAGCACCUGAUGUGCGAGAUCGACGGCCACAAUCUCACCGCCGCGGCCAUCAUCGGUCACGAUGGCAGCGUGUGGGCCCAGAGCUCCACCUUCCCUCAGUUCAAGCCUGAUGAAAUUAUUGCCAUCAUGAAAGAUUUUGAUGAACCUGGCUCUCUUGCCCCAACUGGAUUACACCUUGGUGGCACAAAGUACAUGGUCAUCCAGGGAGAGUCCGGAGCUGUUAUUCGUGGAAAGAAGGGCGCUGGUGGCAUCACUGUGAAGAAAACUAGCCAAGCCUUGAUUUUUGGAAUAUAUGAUGAACCUUUGACUCCUGGACAGUGUAACAUGAUUGUGGAGAGGUUGGGGGAUUACCUGAUCGAUCAGGGGCUGUAGGUUGUUGCAUCAUGGUUUCCAUAUUGUGAUAUUUGGUUUGGGGCUUGCAUCUUCUUACUAAAAGUCAUGAACUGGCUGUGGAAUUGUUGUUGAAAAUAACCGUGUGAAGACAGAAACAGUAAUUUUUGGUGUUUUAGGCUCGUUUUUAUUUCUCCAAUUCCCACGUUUCCUUAAUUUAUGUGUAUGUAUUCUCCCCUGUUUUCCUCCUAUUGGGUCUGCCUUCUUAAAGUAUUGAAUAUCCUUGGAUCUCCCUUUUAUCAUGAUAUGAAAAGAUAUGUUUUUUGGAUUCUUAAA